AUGUUGAUCCUGAUCUCUAUCAGCGAAUUGUGGCUGACUAUGAGGAUGCUGCUGUCUUCAUCGACCCAGAGAGAGUGCGACUCUUCCCAAUCUCAGCCACUCACUUUCGUGAUGGCCUCUCUCUUCGUCCGUACCAGGAAGACGGCGUCAGGUGGAUUGGAUUCCUCUUCAAAUUCAACUUGGGUGGAAUUCUGGCUGAUGACAUGGGAUUGGGAAAGACAGUCCAAGUUCUGGCCUAUUUGGCUACGGUAG